AUGCCGAGCGAGGAUGCGAUCCUCAAGAACAAGACGCUGCAGGCGUUGACGCGGCUCGGGGACAGGGACACCCAGCGCGUGGCCGUGAAGGAGCUCGAACGGCUGGCCACGAACGCGCAGGAGCCCGACCACGUCACCACAAUCGUGUUGUGUCUCUGCGAGGAGCUCGUCGCCGCGCCCAAGGCGAGCGCUAGGCGCGAGAUCCUCCGCCUGUUUGACCGGGUGUGCGCCUUGCAAGGAGAGAACGCGCUCGUGCAUCUACCGCGGAUGGUAUCCUCCGUCUGCCGCAGGUUCAAGGACCCGGACAUCAACGUGUCCGACGCGUGUGUGGAUACCAUGGGCUCACUGGCCGAGUUCACGUGCAGGCUCCCGCCUCGCAUCGACAAGACCGUCGCCACAGGGCCGGACUCCAUCGGAGCCAACUUCCUGAGGCCCAUCCUCGACGUCCUGCACGAGACGAACAGCAAGCAGGCGCAGGACACCGCGUGCAGGUCCAUGGCGCGGGUGAUCCGCCGCUGCGGACCCGGCCGGGGUAACGCGGACGCCCCAUCGGGCAACAACUGGUACCCCGACGGUGGCGUAGGUAAACUCGCGGCGAGACUUGCCAGGGCGUCGGAGCUGCCAAACUUUCACGCCAAACCAGCGCUGCUCCACGCGUUGACAGCCCUCUUCGCGGCGGCGGGCGGUGCGUGCGGCGCGCACCUGCCCGCCGUGCUGGGCGUGUCCCCAUCGACGGCAAGUACGGGCGGUGCCGACUUUGGUGGGGGUGCCGACUUUGGGGGUCCACCCAACUUGGCCGACGGGGGCGGCGUGCUCGCGGCGCUGCGGUCGGACGAGUGGCCCACUCGCCGCGCCGCCGCGGAGGCCCUCUCCGCGCUGCUGUACGCGCUGGGACCGCUGCUCGAUAACGUUCACGUGACGCUCACGCCGCUCGGGACCGCGAUCGAGCGCGCGCUGGAGGACGGGAGGCACGACAAGGUCAAGCCGGCGAGGGACGCCGUGGUUAAGGCGUUGGCGUUGUCGCGGGAGCUCCGGAACUUUCGCGAAAAGGGACCGGGCGGCGACGACGUGUCCGCGUGGAGGAACUGGUGUAGAGAGGAGCUCGGCGAGGGCAUCGCGGACGUGGGCGAACACGUGGGCGGGGGAGUUGGGGCGCGGGCGGGUCUUAAGCCCGGCGUAACAUCCCCGCGGCGGCCCCGCGGGCACGGCGCCGGCACCGCCAGGAGGGAACUCAGCGAGGCGUUCAUGGAGGCGCACGCGCCGAGGGAACUUACCGGAGAUGGGGACGUCGUGGAGGUGGCCGUGCCGAAGAACCCGCCGCCGCCGCACGUCGUGCGAAACCCCGGGAUGCUCGCGGAGGCGGCGGCGUCGGCGGAGUGCGCGAGCGCGACGAGCACCCGCGGGGGAUGGGAGGUUUCAGACGGAGGAGCCGCGACGGGUCCGACGGAUGACAAAAACGGCGAUGAUGACAAAAACGGGGAUGAUGACAACAACGGGGAUGAAAACGUCGCGCCUCGUCAAGGAACGCGUCAGGGGCUGGAGGGACAUGGGUCGAACCAGGGACGAGGGGCGAACGACGCGGGGAUUCCACCCCGCGCGCCCUUGCUUCCACCCUCGAAGCGACCCCCCGUCGCGGCGAGGGAGACGCCGCGGGCGAUUGAAGAAGACGACGAAGGCGACGACGCUUGGGACGCGCCGAGGUGGAUGACGCUCGCCGAGGAGAUCGGACGCGGCGGCGGCGGCGGCGGCGUCGUCGUCCGCGUCGAGGGAGUGUCGCGCACGGACGCGAGCGUCAUCGUCGCGGCGACGAACGACGGCGACGAUGACGCGUCGGUGGCGGCGGCGAACGACUCCCGGGUCUCGGAACGCGCGACGGAUGAGGAGGUCGCCGCGCUGAGGAGACAGAUGACGGCGCUCGCGCAGGCGCAGGCCACCGUGCUCGAGCGCAUCGGGGUUUUCGUGCAGGAAUCGUCCGCGGCCAUCGCAAAUCUCACCGCUCGCGUCGAGGGCGCGGAGCGCGCGGUGGUGGACGCGGUGGAGCGGGUGGAGUUGAUGGAGAACCAGGUCGGCGCGGCGGUGAGCGCGGGAGCGACGGUGGCGGCAUCCGCGGCUGCGCUCGCGGCGGCGCACCCGGACACGGCGAGGCUCGCCGAGGAGCGCGCCGCGCUGGAGAGGGAGAAGGUGCAGUUGAGGGACGCGGCCGCGCAGUUGGAACGAGCGGCGUCCAACCUGGAGAGGGUGGUGCCCCCGCCCAGACGCUAA